CGCAGUUAAUUUUAUCGUAUUCCUCUACGGUGGUCGGUGUUUCCUGUUUCGCGCGCUUGUUGUAACGGAACAUUAGAGAAGGCGAAGUAAGGCGACGUAAGAGACAAAAUGAAGCGUAGCAGCGCGAAACGAAACAACAUUCGCAAGAAACACGCGGAAGGGGGAAAAUAUGGGGGAAACCGAUGUGUUAGGUGCUAGUCGGGACGCACACAUGAGUGUCAAUCGGCGUACGCGUAUCGGUUCAGUCUUCAGUCCAGUCUGCGGUGUCCAGUAGCGUGGGUGGACGAGUAGCGACAACGUCACGGAUACGACUGAUAACGUCUGAAAUUUGUAACCCCAACAACGAGCAUGGACGCGACGAAACAACAGCAACCUCGGUCGCUAGCGUUAACAUGCACCGGCCUGUCUCCGUUCCCACGCAGACCGUGGAUGAACGAAACCGGACUCGCCGCGGCUGUUGGCGCCGGUAACUUAGGCCUCAAGGGAAUCAUAGCCGGUGGAAUUACUGGAGGCAUAGAAAUUUGCAUUACUUAUCCGACGGAAUUCGUAAAGACGCAGUUGCAAUUGGAUGAAAAGUCUGGUGCAGCCAAACAGUACAAAGGAAUAGUCGAUUGUGUGACCAAGACUGUUAAAUCUCGUGGAUUUUUUGGUCUAUACAGAGGUUUAUCCGUUUUAGUCUAUGGUUCUAUACCGAAAUCGGCAGUGCGAUUUGGUGCUUUUGAAUCUGCAAAAACGCGACUGGUAGAUACCGAAGGAAAACUCAAUCCGCAAAGAAAACUCCUGGCUGGUCUUUGCGCUGGAGUGUGUGAGGCUAUUUUUGCGGUCACGCCUAUGGAAACGAUUAAAGUGAAAUUUAUCAACGAUCAACGUUCGCCUAAUCCAAGAUUUAGAGGAUUUUUUCACGGAGUUGGUUUGAUUAUAAAGGAACACGGUUUUAAAGGAGUAUAUCAAGGACUAGUGCCCACGAUCUUAAAGCAAGGCUCUAAUCAAGCUAUCCGAUUUUUUGUGAUGGAAACGUCAAAAGACUGGUACAAAGGAGGAGACCCUAAUAAGAAUGUUCCUAAAAUACUCGUCGGUGCAUUCGGCGCAAUCGCUGGAGCAGCAUCCGUUUUCGGCAACACACCGAUUGAUGUUGUAAAAACCAGAAUGCAGGGUCUGGAAGCUUCGAAAUAUAAAAAUACUCUAGACUGUAUAACAAAGGUGUGGAAACACGAGGGUCCAAUGGCGUUUUACAAGGGAACCGUUCCGAGAUUAGGCCGAGUAUGUUUAGAUGUCGCUAUAACGUUCAUGAUAUACGAUUCCUUCAUGGAAUUCUUUAACAAAGUAUGGCCUUAGGUCUGCUACAUUUUUGUACAUACACACAUUUAUACAUUCUAUCAAAUUUUCUAGACGUUAUUUCACGUUAAUCGUUAAAUUUUUUUUUUUUUUUUUUUGUAAACGUUUUGCCAUAUUUUUUUGUUUAUUUAUAUUUACGUAUUUAUAUAUCAUACAUAAAAAAGAUCUAUUUAUAUAUACAUAAUAGCCAAUGUUUAUACAACAUGUGUCAAAGAUGGGGAAACCUAUGAGACGAAUACAUUCCAUUUGAUUGACAAACUAACUGUAUGACAAAAAAGAGAUAGUAUUAUUCUGCACAAACAUAUUGUACCUACCUCCGGUUCUACUUGCGCAUUUAUUUAAUUAAUGUUUUUAAUGCACGAGAGAAUUUAAUUGCAAAAAUUGUGUUUUUUUUUUGCAAAUUGUUUCAAUGAAAAGUGAUAAGUGCAUUUUGCAACGACGUACAUUCCUUCAGUGACACUCGCGUUCCGAAUUACAAUAAGGAUACUGAUUGUUAUUUAGACAAACAUCUAAAGAAUAAGGAAAAUAGUUUGUGUAUAAUAGCUAAUAAGUCAUGUAUGCCAACACAUAGAUGAAUUUGUAUACAUAUAUAUAUAUGUCGUUAAUAUACACAGAAUAUAUCUAUAUAUAUAUAUAUUUAUGUAUAGUUUUUGUACAGAGAAAAAAUAGCGCUUAAUGAUCAAGCAGGGAAACGAUUCAACGAUUUCAGUUUUACAUAAAUUUUUGCGCGUCCAUGAAACACACGAAUUGUUGCAGAAACACGAGAGAAUUUAUAAGAGAAUGUAUAUUAAUAAAAAAAAC